CUACCGCAGAGGAAGCAGAAGCUGAAGGUCAAUUUGUGAUUUGUCUUAGAAAUGCGGCUUAAUCAAAUCCUCGCAUUUAAACAAGCUGCCCUCUGUGACUUUUGGUUUCUGUGUUUCUAAAGCAGCUUGAGGGUACAGAUGAGAUACAAUUUGGGAUGAAAACAAGCCUUCCGCUGCCUUGAGUGUAUAGGUACUGCAGGUAAAGGGUAGGGCUUUUAUUGGGUGUUAGGCUAUUUAGUUUAGUUCAGCGUUUAAAAAAUAGAGACAAAGGAAGCCGUCAUGGAAAAUACUGUUCUCGUCUCUCUUGCAUCGAUGUUUUUCGCGAUGACGAGUCAAUAUUUGUGCGUUUGUGUGGCCCGCCCUGUGGAGUACAAGCUCCCCUCUCCGGUCUCUUUGUGCUGCGCGGCUGUCUGAGAGAAGCAGCCCUCCCUCUCUGUGGGCCUACCUCUCGGAAACAGCUGGGAGUGGAGGUUCUCAAUAGCAGAAGAUGUCCACAAUGGUUUACCCCAGAGAAGAAAAGCUUGAAAAACUGACGCAGGAGGAGAUAAUCUCUAACACCAAGCUGGUGAUCCAGGGGCUGGAGGCCCUGAAGAAUGAACACAACUCCAUCCUGCACAGCCUGCUGGAGACCAUCAAGUGCCUCAAGAAGGAUGAGGAAGCCAACCUGGUCCACGAAAAGUCCAACCUCCUGCGCAAGUCUGUGGAGAUGAUCGAGCUGGGGCUGGGAGAGGCACAGGUGAUGAUGGCCCUCUCCAGCCACCUGAACGCGGUGGAGUCGGAGAAGCAGAAGCUGCGGGCCCAGGUGCGCCGGCUCUGCCAGGAGAACCAGUGGCUGCGGGACGAGCUGGCCAACACCCAGCAGAAGCUGCAGAAGAGCGAGCAGAGCGUGGCCCAGCUGGAGGAGGAGAAGAAGCACCUGGAGUUCAUGAACCAGCUGAAGAAGUACGACGAGGACGUCUCCCCUUCGGAGGAGAAAGAUGGGGAGCCUCCCAAGGACACUCUGGAUGACCUCUUUCCCAAUGAUGAAGAGGAGUCUGGCCAAGGAAUGCAGCACCAGCACAACAGUGCAGCAGUGGCGGCGGCCCAGCAGGGAGGCUACGAGAUCCCCGCCCGUCUGCGCACCCUGCACAACCUGGUCAUCCAGUACGCCUCCCAGGGCCGCUACGAGGUGGCUGUGCCGCUGUGCAAGCAAGCGCUAGAAGACCUGGAGAAGACCUCUGGCCACGACCACCCAGAUGUGGCCACCAUGCUCAACAUCCUGGCUCUGGUUUACAGGGAUCAGAACAAGUACAAGGAGGCUGCACAUCUGCUCAAUGACGCUUUGUCCAUCCGCGAGAAGACGCUUGGAAAGGAUCAUCCUGCAGUUGCUGCCACACUUAACAACCUGGCUGUGCUCUACGGGAAGAGGGGAAAGUACAAGGAGGCUGAGCCGCUGUGCAAGAGGGCACUUGAGAUCAGAGAAAAGGUGCUUGGGAAGGAUCACCCCGACGUGGCCAAGCAGCUGAAUAACCUGGCGCUGCUGUGUCAGAACCAGGGGAAGUACGAGGAGGUGGAGUAUUACUACUGCCGCGCCCUGGAGAUCUACGAGCGCAGGCUGGGUCCCGACGACCCCAAUGUUGCCAAGACGAAGAACAACCUGGCUUCCUGUUACCUGAAACAAGGGAAGUAUAAGGAAGCAGAGAUUCUGUACAAGGAGAUUCUCACCCGCGCUCAUGAGAAAGAGUUUGGCUCAGUGGAUGCUCAAAACAAGCCCAUCUGGAUGCACGCAGAGGAGCGGGAGGAGAUGAGCAAGGGCAGACACAGAGACAGCGCCCCCUAUGCAGAGUAUGGCGGCUGGUACAAAGCCUGCAAAGUGAACAGCCCCACUGUGAACACGACCCUGAGGAAUCUGGGGGCUCUGUAUCGCCGGCAGGGCAAGCUGGAGGCCGCAGAGACGCUGGAGGAGUGCGCCAUGAGGUCCCGCAAACAGAGCACCACAGGCAUUGACCCCAUCAACCAGACACGGGUGGUAGAGAUCCUGAAGGAUGAGGACACCCCAGGGCGCCGGAGGAGCCGGGACAGCCUUGGGAGUGCUGUCAAGUACGAGAACAGCUCGGAGGGAGGCGAGGAAGUGAGUAUGGGCGUGGACUGGAAUGGGGAUGGCAGCGGCAGCCUGCGGCGCAGCGGCUCGCUGGGGAAGCUGAGAGACGUGCUGCGGCGCAGCAGCGAGAUGCUGGUGAAGAAGCUGCAGGGGAACGUGCCCCCCGAGCCGCGCAACACAAAUAUGAAGCGUGCUUCCUCGCUAAACUACUUGAAUAAGACGAGUGACGACUCCUUCCAGGGCCCUGGCGGUGGGCGACUGGGGGAGAGCCGGGGUUUGAGCUCCAGCACAGUGGACCUCUCACACCGGGACCCCCUGUUCAGCUCCAGCUGAGACCCCGCAGUCACCCCGACGCACCCCACUCGGUUGAUACCCGCCGAGCUUUUUGCUUUUGUCUGAUAUGGUGCGCGCAGGUGCCACAGCUUUGUGAAUUUGUUUGGGUGCGCUCUUGUUUCCCAUCAGUUUGGUUUGGAAGGAGAGGGGAGCUCCCAUCUUCACUCCAUAGCCCCAUUAAUCUUCCUCUUCCUCCUCAGUUGUGAACUGUUUCCUCUAGUGCUUAUUUAUUCUCAUCAAACACUGGAAAUGAUCUCUGGCAAAUGCAUGCAGAUGAGGCUUUCUGGUACAACAGCUGGACGUUUCUUGACACAAAAUGUAUUUUCAGUAUCAACAGUACAUAAAAACUAAUAAAGAGAGGAGACAAAAAGAAAUGCUCUCUGGAUUCAGCAUUGCAGAAAUGACUGGAACAGGACACAAAGGGUCUUGGCUUACUGGUAGUGCAUGCAGAGAGGUCAACAGAUUUGAGGGGUUAAGCGAUGCUCUAGGGACAGCAAUGCACAUGAAGAAAACAUUUUGUAUUUAGUAAUGUCACUGAAGAAUCCAGCACAACCUGUUGAUUUACAUUUGUAAAGCAAGACCUCAUCUAAUACUUUGGAAAGUAUUUUGUGGUUAAUUUCUGGAUUAUUCACGGUCUUGAACUUUGCAUUCCUGUUCAUUCUGCCUUUGGGUUCUUCUUGUACAGCUCUUUAUUUAGUUUUUACCCACAUAGUUUAGUACUAUUGUCAUGAUGCUUUAAUAGCCUUCUAAGCAAUUUUGUACCGGUUCAAACUUUUAUUUUGGUGGGAAUUUUUCCUUAUUUUCCUGAUUUUAUUUGGGUGCAUCUGAACUUUGUUGGAAAGUAGUCCUGUUAGUUACAAUACUAGGUUUAUGGAACUUAGAUGUAAAAACAUUAUUAUUAUUUUUUAUCCUGUGCCUAAUUUUAAAAACAAUGCAUUUGAUUCAUCUAAUUGAAAGAAAGUGCAAGACGUGGACACAGCAUGUUUUAAUGGUAUUUUGACAAGUGUACAGUAUGUACACAUAUCUGUCAGAUGAGUACAACAUGUUUUUAAAAAUGUUAAUACCAAACUGUGCCAGGUGAUCUGAAACUUGUUUAGUUUCUAAAGCUUGUAUUCUCAGGUACUGAAAUUUUCCUUUGAUAUUUUAUGGGCGUCAGCUCACAAAGAACAAGAGUGCAAUGUUGCAGAGCCAUAUUCCUGCAGGAAUAAGCGUCUUAGGUUUAACAAUGGUGGUCUUUAAAUAGCCUGUACGAGGUCUGUUCAAUAGACAAGGCUCCAGGCACAUAGGAAAGAUUUUGUUUUCAGUGGAAAAUCGCCCAUGCCUGUGUCUAAGCUUUUUUCAGAUCCAACCAGUGUCAAUGACCCAGAAAAGGAUAUUGAGCAUAGUAAUGAUAUUCUCAACUCAGCGGCACAUAGGAGGCUUGAUCAAGUGUUGAUUUUAAUAUAUCUUUUUUAUGGAAGAGGAUGGUUUUUAAGGCAUUUUGUUUUAAUUGGGAAAAAUCAGGCUGUUCCUUAUGCCAGUAUAGAAUGCCAUGUGAUAAAUGAACAUGCAAACACAUUUGCCUUGUGAAAUAGUUUCAAAGUGAAAUACUAUCACUCAGUGGCUGUGGUCCACAUAGAAAUCCAGUUUGGAUCACGUUUGGAUCUUAGGGGACACUUGAUUUUAGCUGAAAAUUGGAAGAUGCAUUGCAUCACAGGAUGAAAUAUGACACAACAUUUUCACAUGGUUCACAUCUACAGGAAUCGCAUGGUGUGACUGUUUGCUGUAAUAAAUACUUUCCUGAUGAGGCUGACAUUUCUGCUGCAUUCUAUAGCUGUGACGGCAGUAACAUCACCUGAUAAAAGAAACGCAUUUGUCCUGGAAAUGUGAUUUUACGGGCCAGCAUUUUGUGUAACCUGUAAUUACAAUUUCUUUGUUUGAUUAUAUAUUUAUUUGCAUCUACAUUGUUGUAUGAUGUAUGUUGUAAAAUACACUAUCAAGGUAACUGGAAACUCAUGGAAACAUUAAACUCCUAAACCAUUUGUAUAUGUGGUUUAUAAAUGUAAUAAAGCCAGAUGUUUAGCUCACACUAUCCCCUCUCAUAUUAAUAACUCUAAAAUAUUACAAAUAACUGGAUGCUAUUUAUUUGAUUGCUAGUAGCUAAUUGAUCUCAUCCUGCUGUUUCUUGGAAGGAAGUCAGGGUAUGUGAUCAGAAACAUGGCUGGGUAGCUUGUUCUAAAAAUUCAUAUUCUGAAUAUGAACACAUGCCUUGUAGGGGGAUUGAUGUCACUAAGCAGAUCAGAUCUUUGUUUUUCAGUUUCCAGUACGAUUGGAUAUGGAUAUGGAGAAUCGUACAGCAUUACAAAUAAUUUCUCCUGAGUGGCCUGUAUUAGCAAGGGCAGGGAAAUUCUGUUCUUUGGCAGGGUCUUGGUAAUCAAUUUUAGAUUUUUCACGUUUCUUGUUUGCGUGUGGCCUGGACGGUACCAUCUACACUGCACAAGAGAGCCACGUACUAUAGAAGUCUCUGUUUUAAAAAAAACGUUUCCGCCUCUGCGUUGUUGAUUGAUGGAGUUAGCUUUUGGCUUUGUGGCACCAUACAGUGUGUCCCUGUCCUCUUCCUUGUCUGUCCAUCUGCUGUGGUUUGUCAGACAGCGAAUGUGACACUAUGGAACGGGGAAGUCUGUCUUCCUUAGGAAAUCAAAGACAAACCUACUACAUAGUUCGUGGAGUGGCCUGAUACUAAUCUUUAAUACUGCAAUGUUAUAGAGACACAAAGGAACAAAGAGGGCUUUUGCGUUUUGAAACAUUCAGUGCAAAUGUAUAUUCAGAACUGCUUCUGCUUCAAGAAAAUGCCCUUCUUUAUUGUCCACAUUUUAACGUGAUUAUGAGGUGUACAUUCAUCUUGUAUCUGUUAAAUUACAGUAAGGGAGAGAUUGAACUGUUUAUGGAGAAUAGAUGUUUUCCAGGGUUUAUAUGCCAUUAGUAGAGAGGUUGUGGGCACCAGUUACAGAAUCCUUGAUGCCCAGAUGCGUACAUAAUGAUAAGUACAUCUGUCUAGUUCAAGCUGGGCUGUUCCCGAUCCUGCUAGACUUCAAACUUCCAUGUCUGAACAUGCACAAGAUUCAGGGAAAAAAAAGUACCACUUUGUAACACAGCUGGUAGGCUCAACUUAUCCUCAAGACCGCUGAAGGCUUGAAUAAAGUCAUGCACAGCCAAAUUAUGCUUGUGAAGUGAUGUUAGUAAAGUGUGCCAACAUGUUAAACUUUUUAGAAAUAUGAUUGCCAGUUAGAUCAUCCCUGAUUUUGCCAAUGUUGUGAACGCACAGUGUCCACUGCAGGACCCACAGUUUUGUUUAUUGGUGUUCCGUUUAAGUGUAACUUUAACGUUGUGUCAUUUAUUCUAUUGAACAAGCAAACAUUACUGUUGCAUAAAGGUAAUCUACAUGGGUGUGUUUCUAGCAGGAUUUGUGAUGUGAAUUUAUAACUCUUAAUGUAUGUAUAUAUUUAAUAAUUGGAUAAUUCUAGCAUAUUUCUUAUCUAAGAAACAGACACUGCUUGCACAGUGCAUGAAACUGAACAAUCUAUAAAAUGUACAAAUUGUUUAUUGCCAUUAUUACUUCACACCCAGAAGUGGGUUAUUUGUAAUUGUUGAAAAACGUCAUGAUAAAAUUUCAAAAUGCUCUGUCAUUUUAUGUUGUUGAUACAGCAAAUCAAAAUAAAAUCUUAAUUUUUACUGUUAUUUUUUUUUCUUCUGAGAGCGGUACGGACAUUUUGGGCUUGAACAGCAAUUAGAAAUUGUCUUUCAAUGAGCAUGUUAGAUGUGUCUCGCAGCAAUGAGCAUGGUUACAACAUGGGUUGUGUUCAUUUUCGCGGCUGUGAUCAACAGAUAUGUUCAUGG